AUAUCGCCCUGUGCAAUGAUGAUGAUGAUGAUGAUGAUGAUGAUGAUGAUGAUGAUGAUGAUGAUGAUGAUGAUGAUGAUGAUGAUGAUGAUGAUGAUUAUGAUGAUGAUGAUGAUGAUGAUGAUGAUGAUGAUGAUGAUGAUGAUGAUGAUGAUGAUGAUGAUGAUGAUGAUGAUGAUGAUGAUGAUGAUGAUGAUGAUGAUGAUGAUGAUGAUGAUGAUGAUGAUGAUGAUGAUGAUGAUGAUGAUGAUGAUGAUGAUGAUGAUGAUGAUGAUGAUGAUGAUGAUGAUGAUGAUGAUGAUGAUGAUGAUGAUGAUGAUGAUGAUGAUGAUGAUGAUGAUGAUGAUGAUGAUGAUGAUGAUGAUGAUGAUGAUGAUGAUGAUGAUGAUGAUGAUGAUGAUGAUGAUGAUGAUGAUGAUGAUGAUGAUGAUGAUGAUGAUGAUGAUGAUGAUGAUGAUGAUGAUGAUGAUGAUGAUGAUGAUGAUGAUGAUGAUGAUGAUGAUGAUGAUGAUGAUGAUGAUGAUGAUGAUGAUGAUGAUGAUGAUGAUGAUGAUGAUGAUGAUGAUGAUGAUGAUGAUGAUGAUGAUGAUGAUGAUGAUGAUGAUGAUGAUGAUGAUGAUGAUGAUGAUGAUGAUGAUGAUGAUGAUGAUGAUGAUGAUGAUGAUGAUGAUGAUGAUGAUGAUGAUGAUGAUGAUGAUGAUGAUGAUGAUGAUGAUGAUGAUGAUGAUGAUGAUGAUGAUGAUGAUGAUGAUGAUGAUGAUGAUGAUGAUGAUGAUGAUGAUGAUGAUGAUGAUGAUGAUGAUGAUGAUGAUGAUGAUGAUGAUGAUGAUGAUGAUGAUGAUGAUGAUGAUGAUGAUGAUGAUGAUGAUGAUGAUGAUGAUGAUGAUGAUGAUGAUGAUGAUGAUGAUGAUGAUGAUGAUGAUGAUGAUGAUGAUGAUGAUGAUGAUGAUGAUGAUGAUGAUGAUGAUGAUGAUGAUGAUGAUGAUGAUGAUGAU